CGGUGCUGUGGGCAGAAGUGAGCGCCUUCUGACUUCCCGACUCCUGCUCACGUGUGCUCAGCGCUCGGCAGGGAUUGCGUGGCUGCCGAGCGCCCUUUCACAGCCUCCCCCAGGCAGCGUUAACCCUUGGAAUGCGCGCUUGUCUUCCUCACGCUCUCCUCUCGCUAAGCACAAGAAAAGAAGCCGGAGCACCGUCUGUCGACAGAGUCCCUCUACAGCUAAGCUGAUUUAGCACCACAUUGCGUCCUGCUUCACAAACUAAAUCCUCAGCCCUUCGGGCCCUCGCCUCCGACACCUUCCUGGCAGCCGUCUACGAGCACGCCGUCAUCCUGCCACAUGCCACCCAGGAGCCCGUCCCUGCCAGCGAUGCUUUGGCCCUGAUGAACAGAAACAUGGAUGUCUUGGAAGGGGCCAUCAAGGAAGCUGCCCAGCAGGGUGCGCACAUCAUUGUGACUCCUGAAGACGGCAUCUAUGGCUGGCGAUUCACAAGAGAAUCCAUCUACCCCUACCUGGAGGAUAUCCCUGAUCCAGCGGUGAAUUGGAUUCCCUGCACUGACCCCUCAAGAUUUGGUCCAACACCAGUGCAGGAACGACUCAGCUGCAUGGCCAGAAAUAACUCCAUCUAUGUGGUUGCAAAUAUCGGGGACAAGAAGCUGUGUGACUCCAGUGAUCCCAGCUGCCCCAGGGAUGGUUGGUACCAGUACAACACGGAUGUCGUCUUUGACGCAAAGGGCAAACUGGUGGCUCGCUACCAUAAGUACAAUCUGUUUAGAAAUGAAACUCAGUUUGAUUAUCCAAAAGAGCCAGAAGCUGUCACCUUUGAGACUCCUUUUGGGAAGUUUGGCAUUUUCACUUGCUUUGACAUCCUUUUCUAUGAGCCUGCUGUGGUCCUGGUGAACAAGAUGCAGGUGGACACCGUGCUCUUCCCAACAGCUUGGAUGAAUGUCCUGCCCUUUCUGACUGCAAUUGAGUUUCACUCUGCUUGGGCUAUGGGCAUGGGUGUUAAUUUACUUUCUGCAAAUACUCAUAACACCACCAGCGCAAUGACAGGCAGUGGGCUGUUCACACCAGAGGGACCUGCUGCCUACCACUACGACAGUGCCACCGAGGAGGGACGUCUCCUGCUAGCAGAGUUGAGUGCACGCCCCCGUCUUUCCCCCACCUACCCCCCUGCCGUCAACUGGAGCUUGCAUGCCACGAGCAUCGAGAAGUUUCCUGGAGAAAACAACACUUUCUCUGGAGCUGUCCGGAAGGAUAUAUUCACUUUCAGAGAACUCAGGCACAAGGAUGGAAAUUACACUGUUUGCCAAGGAGACCUUUGCUGUCAUCUGGUCUACCAGAUGUCAAACAAGAGGAGAGAUGAAGUUUAUGUCCUGGGUGCAUUUGAUGGGCUUCACGGUUCUCUCAUAAAAUACCAUUGGCAGGUAAUUGCAAGUUUAGAGAUCUGCACUCUGCUCAAGUGCCCUAGCACAAACCUAAGCACAUGUGGGCAGCCCGUGGAGAUGGCUCAGACCAAGUUUGACAUGUUCUCUCUCAGUGGCACGUUUGGCACCAGCUACGUCUUCCCAGAAGUGCUGUACAGCGGGGUGCAGCUGGCCCCUGGGGAGUUCGAGGUGCUACGUGACGGGUGUUUGAAAAGCAAGCAUGGCACGUCGAAACCGCUCAUAACAGUGACGCUUUUUGGAAGGCUUUAUGAGAAGGACCAGCCACAUCCUCUGCGAAUUUCCCUGUAAAGUGUCUCCUUAGGAGUUGCACACUCACCAGAGACAGGAGGGGAGUUUCCUCCUGAGCCAUAGCAGUUACCUUGUAUGAUUCCUGUUCUGCAAUAUAUUGCACUUCUGCUCAGCACCUGUGGCAAUUUGGCUUAUCUGGGAGAAAGUGAUGUGGUCACUUUGCUGUGUGUGCCUUUUUAAUAGGGCUUGAGCCGGUGCAAUUAUUUUUUAGUGUGCAUGAUCUGUCACGUAAAUCUUUUAAUCAUAAAUUUUGUUUCACCCAAGAUUUCAUAUUGAUUGAUAGAAUUACAGUAGAAAGAAGACUGAUAACAAAAUCUAUGAAAUGUGGUUUGUCAUUGUAUUGAAGAAUAAAUUGUCUCCAAAAAAGUCUUUCUGUCCCUUUUGGCCCUUCCUGUUUUUCAGGUUGUAUAAGCAUUAAGUUUCUGCAUUUUUCAGCCUUACAGCCCAAUCAAGAGGGCCUACUUAACACUCUAUGAACCUUGGCCCCAUUCUGACCUAGAUAUUGUACAAUAAAGAUCAAACCAGAUUUGAAAUUAUCUUAGGUGCAAUUUUAGAGAAAGUGGUCCUCCACAACCCAUCCCGGUGUUCGGUCUGGCUAAGAUAAGAUAAAGCACAUCCACUUCUGCAGUCGCUUUGAUCUUGCACCUCCUUGUACAUGGCAGAUGGGUGUUGGGUCCAGGGUCACAUCCAACUUAUCAUAUACAAGACAGUACUCCAACACCUUCUCCUGGGUAUAUGGAUAAUUUCUUCAAAACUGUUAAGAAAUAUGAAAUAGGCAAUCUUUUAGCAACUGAAACACAUUUCAUCCUGUAGCAUGUGAAAUG